CAAGGAAGCAACAAAUCUUAAAGUCUUAGAUUUGCUAGUAUGCAAUUUUCUUCUUUACCUUCAUCAAUUUGUCAACUAACAAGCCUCAGCACGUUGUGCCUAGAUUAUUGCAAGCUGGGAGAUAAUAUUACCAUUAUUGGAGAGCUAAAGAGCUUGGAAAUUCUUAGCCUUUCGGAAUCUGAUAUUAGAUUUCUACCAAAAGAAAUUGGGCAACUGGUGAUGCUAAAGUUGUUAGACGUGAGUCACUGUGCUAAGCUCAAAACAAUUUCAGACGGUGUGUUGUCAAGUUUGCCAAGAUUAGAAGAAUUAUAUAUGGGUGGGACUUCUAUUCAUUGGAGACAAAGAAGUGCAACUCUUGCUGAUCUACAUGCACUCUCUCGUUUAUCCACUUUAGAAGUUCAAAUCCCAGAUGCUAAGGCGGCACCACACGACUUCUUUCAUGAGUUGCAGAAGUUGAAAAGAUACAAGAUUUUCAUAGGAGAGGAAUGGGAGUGGGAGCGGUUUCGCAAGUACCAAUAUUCAGGAACCCUAAAACUCAGGCUAACCACAGGCAUGGAUGAUUUGGAUCUUGGAAUUAAGAAGUUGUUGAAAAAAACUGAAGAUUUACAUUUGGGUGAACUCAAAGGUGUGAAGAUAGCAUUGCAGGAGUUAACAGAUGAGAAAAGCAUACCGUAUUUGAAGAAUCUACAUAUCCAAAAUGGUUUUGAUACUGAAUACAUUAUUAAUGAUGAAUAUGAAUUUCCUCAACUACAGUCCCUAACACUACAUGAUCUUCCUAAGCUCAUUAGCUUUUGCGCUCAACAUGAAACCGGUGCUACCAGCUCAUUACCUCAACAUGAGUUGCCACUUUUCAAUGAAAAGAUAUCGUUCCCUUACUUGGAGAAUUUGUGGCUGAAGUCGAUUAAUGUUACAAGGGUAUGGCACAACCAACUUUCGAGUUCAUCUUUCAGCACUUAUCAGAAGUUGACAACAUUGAAAAUCGAGGUUUGUGGAAGCUUAAAACACCUGUUCUCAUUUUCUAUGGCUAAAUGUCUAGUGCAUCUCACAAACUUUGAGAUCAUUGGGUGCUAUUGUUUAAGAGAGAUCAUUUUCAUGGCGGAAAUAGAACAAGAAGCUCAAGCUACUAUGACUUUAUCAUUAUUUCCUCGGUUAAAGUCUUUAGAGCUAAAGGGUCUUACGCAUUUGAUUGGAUUUUGUUCCGACUACCAAACUCAAGUUAUUGAAUUUUCGACCUUGAAAUCACUGAGGAUAUACAACUGUCCAGAAUUGGAGGGUUUCAUAUACAGAUCUUCAAUGAAAGCCAACCAAUGCUUCUCUAAUCAUGUUCUGUUCGACAAUAAGGUUUCAUUUCCCAGUUUGGAGAGAGUGUGGGCUCGCGAUUUGGAAAAGUUGAAGAUGAUAUGGGAGAACCCAUUUCCACCAAAUUCAUUUCCCAAACUAAGAGUAAUCAGCAUUACAAAAUUAUCAAGCUUGAAAUAUAUUUGGAAAAACGGUCCCAAAGACAUUUUUUCAUUUAAAAAUCUACAUCAAAUACAUGUGGGGUUUUGUAAGAGUCUGAAGAAUGUAUUUCCGGCCUCCGUAGCCAGAGACCUCCCACAACUCAGUGAUCUUGCAAUAUUUAACUGUGGAGUGGAGGAGAUUGUUUCCAAAGUAGAGGAAGGAUUGGAUUCGGAAACUACUGUCACUUUCGAGCUUGAUAAGCUGUCCUACCUUAGGCUUUGGUGGCUACAAGAAUGCAAAUGUUUCUACCCGGGUAGGCAUACCACAAAGUGGCCAAUGUUAAAAGAGGUAACAGCAGCCGAGUGUGGGGAAAUGAAGAUAUUUGGUACACAACUCAUCACUCACAACCAACAACUUGACUCCCAACCACCACUUUUCGUGGUUGAAAAGGUCAUCCCUAAACUACAACGUCUGCAAAUCGGUGCUGAUUACAUUGCAAUGAUAAGUGGUGGUCAAUUGCCAAACAACCUUUUCCAUCAAAUAAAAGCUUUUAGGGUGGAAGGCAACUGUGCUAAAUUAGUUAAUGAUUUCCAAAUUUCUUUCCUUGAAAGAUUUUACAAUCUAGAAGAGCUUUGUAUCUCUGUUUGUGAAAUCAAAGAGUUAUUCUAUACCGAAGGAGAUACUGGUAAUAAGGGGACGUAUGAUAGGACACUGUCAACAAUUAGAAAAAUAGAACUGACAGCUUCAUAAACUAAAACAUUACUUAUGGAAGCAAGGCGUACAAGUGGACUGCAUUCUACCCAACCUUGAAACUCUUGAAGUUAACAAUUGUUGGAAUCUGAUGAGCCUAGGAUCAUCCUUAGCAUCGUUUCAAAAUCUCACCACCUUGAAGGUGUGGAAAUGCAAAGGAAUGAAAUGCUUAGAUACAUGUCUAGCAGUGCAGGGUCUGUCUACACU